CGUAUGCAUUUUAUGUUUGUUGGGUUUAUUAUCACUGUUAUCAGUUAUCUAAAUAUAUUUACGCUUAUCGGUGCUUCUUCUUAAGGUGUACUGUUAGUUUUUAAUCACACACAAGCUGGCGUACAAAUUUGCAAGCAGGACAAACAUGCGUUUUGUGCAGUUUUUGCUGAACGGUUCUUCCCGACUGGGGGUGGAGUUGAAGGAAGGCGGGGACAUUGUUGACCUGAACGCUGGUAACAAGUCCCUGCCUGGUGACAUGAAGACGUUCAUUGAGCAGGGACAGCAGUCACUUCAAGCAGCCAAAAGUAUUGUAGAAAGUGGACAGCAUGUAGUGAAGAGAGAAAACAUCGAACUGCUGGCACCGAUCACAGACUGCGACAAAGUGAUAUGUAUUGGCAUGAACUACAAGGACCACUGCGAGGAACAGAAAUGUCCCGUGCCAGUGGAGCCGAUCAUAUUCAGCAAGUUCUCCAGUACCCUGAUUGGACCACACAGUGACAUAGAGUAUCCCAGUGAAACCACGCAGCUGGAUUGGGAAGUGGAGAUGGCAUUUGUUAUUGGCAAGGGAGGUAAGAACAUUAAGAAAUCGGAUGCUAUGCAGCAUGUGUUUGGAUACACAGUAGCCCAUGACGUCAGUGCCAGAGACUGGCAGAUGAAGAAAAAUGGUGGACAGUGGAUUAUUGGCAAAUCCAUGGAUGGCUUCUGUCCACUUGGACCAGCCAUUGUGAUGAAAGAAGACAUAGAAGAUCCACAUAACCUGCGGCUGUAUUGCCGAGUGAAUGGCGUCACAAAACAAGACAGCUCCACCUGUCAGAUUGUUCACAAAACUGAGGACCUUAUUGCAUUUAUAUCCAGGCUUUUCACACUGAGAUCUGGUGAUGUGGUAUUAACCGGAACUCCACCAGGUGUUGGAGUGUUUAGGAAACCACCAGAGUUCCUUAAGAAGGGAGAUGUAGUAGAGUGUGAGAUAGAGAACAUUGGAAAACUGGUGAACAAGAUUGUCUGAAUACUUGAAGUUUGUUUUAUGAACAUCAGGAUAAUCAGAGAAAUACAUUUAAUUAACUGAUGAUCAAUCACAAUUACAGGAGGAAUGAGAACCACUACUUUGAUUGAAAUCUUAGAUUUUGUAAUGUUACGUUUUUAGUGAAACAAUUAUUUUAUCGUUUUAUAUAUUAAAGUAUUUGUAAAAGUUGAUUGCAGAUUAAAAAAUAUGUUUAUCAAGAGCUUAGGAUUUAGGUCAAUUAGAUUUUGUUUGGCUUAGGGUGGAGGUUGCAGUUUUAUAACAUUUUGUAUAAUAUAGAAAAUUAUUUAUUUCACAACCUUGAAUCCUGUAAAUCUUUGACUGGACAAAUUACAUCAGAUAUUCGUUUUAGGCCAACUUAUGAAGGAUUUGUGCAAAAUUGUGAUUUAUGUGAAUUAAUAUACCCAGUAUGUAUUUAGAUAUAAUUUAAGGUUUUGUGUUUUGCUGUUUCUCUAUAUCUAUAAACUUGUGUCAAGUCAGGCAAAAUGAACACACACACAUUCAAUGUGAAUAAAAGAACACCCCUAGUCAUGUGGUAGUUCAUGUCUAAAGUUAA